CUAUGUAGCUCGCGCCCAACGCCCGCGCGGUGGCAGAAACCUUGGGAACGUCGUCGCUGCAUGCGAUGAGGGCGUGCAAUUGACAGGUAGUCAAACCUCAAUGUUUCAACUCACGUUCAUCACUACCAUUCCGAUGGCGACGGUCAAACAAGCUGCGACGACUCUAAUUGUGUUGAUGGGCCCAGGUGGCGCUGCUUUCCACCUCAUCCGACUCAUCCCGGGCGACCGAGUCCCUAUCUCCAUGUGCAUCUCUGCCUGGCAAAUAUCAUGGAGCCGCGCGCUAUUCAGGCUGAGCUCGAGAGUGAUUUCCAUGGUUGCGCAGGGGCUCCGGCUGAGAAUGCACCGGAGUAUGCACUCCUUUCUCACCGUGCCCGGUCUUCAUGGAUAUCGAUAUGGAGGAAGCGCUUCUGUUUCUGUGUCAUGGAGAGAACUACACACGCAGAGUUAGUACUGUAUUAGGGGUCUUCCCGUCCGAGGGAAAUGGAACGCCGUUCACAUUCCUGCAUGAUAGUCAGUACCCCGUCGUUUAGACUAUUCCUGCGUUCUUCCAGUCGCUCGCUCCUCUCUUCCAAGUAGUCUCCCUUGCAUGUCAAGAGUACAACAAAAUGGAGU